AUGAGACUAGGAGAUACUCAAUCAUUAAAUCAGAAACGAGAAGCUAUAACCCUCAUGGAACAAGCCGGGUGUGAUAUCCAUCGGCCUUGUGGACCCGAAGAAUGGGGGAAAUUACAACAAGUGUUAGCCCCAUGCUAUCGAUUGAAAAUAUUCCAGUUCAAGUCCACCUCCUCUAAACUCAGUUUAGAGCCCGUUUACAAAGGCUACGGAGAGGGAACUUGUUUGAAUGUCCUGUUAAACGACCAUCAUUACGAUGCCAUCAUAUCUAUGCCUGGUGUGACGGGCAAUCAAUACUACUGUGAUCAUUGCGACGUGGGCUACAGUCAUAUUAAACACCAUCGUACCCAGUGCCCUCACCGAUGUUCCUUUUGUUUAACUAACACUCCCUGCCCUCCAGACGGGAGCCGCAUUCAAUGUAGCCAGUGCCAGGGAUUUUUUCAGAGUAGGACUUGCUACGAAAAUCAUCUGCAACCUCACAGUAACAAUACGGCCACCACGGUAUGCAGUUUAAUGGGACGAUGUAGGCACUGUCAGAAAUGGAUGCCUAAAAAAUUACUCCCUCAUCAUCAUUGCGGAGGACAGAAACAAUGUAAGAUCUGUAAGAAAACCGUAGACACGGAUCAUCAGUGCUACGUUCAACUCAAGCCCAAAAAAAAUCAUUCAUUCUGA